AUGCAAACUUUUGAAAGUUUAGAUAUUGAAGGAAAUAAUUCGGAUUUAACAUGGCAGUCCUAUCAUGAAACAACAGAAACAAAAAGAAAAGGAAUUUUCAGCUAUUUUUGGGGCCAAAAUACUCAGGAAGGAAAAGAUACUCAAAGUCCUCACAACAAGCCAGAUUCUUUUGCUAUUGAUGACUUUGUUAACGUAUCUUCUUCAUAUAUAGAAUCUCCGCUAGUACAGACUCCGGAUUCUGUGAACCCUCCUCCGUAUCCUAACGACGUUAUACAACCACAAUAUAACAAUAAUGGAAUUAUUCGAUCUACUUCAACGAGUAGUCAAAAUACAUUAGUACCGAUAUCUGAUCAUGAUUCUUUGAACCUAAAGUAUUCCUAUUACAUUACACAAUAUAAUGAUAAAGGAAUUAUUCGAUCUACUUCAACGAGUAGUCAAAAGACAUUAGUCGAUAAUGGAACUCCGGAAUCUUUCAGAACAUCCCUUCAACCACUAUAUAAUCUACAAAAUUCAUCGCUAUUGCCAAUGAAACGCCAAUCAUUUCCCUCUGGUACGCCUUAUUGUCCACCUGGUGUCAUACAGUAUACGUCUAUUAAACGAACGUUUAAUCCAAGCAAUAUUACAAGUAGAGCAUAUAUUGAAUCACCCCUAAGAAACUCAGAAGUGAUUACAUGGGCGAAAAAAUUUAAAUUGACUAAUAGUAUAGUUGUUGAUAAAUAUUCAAUUGAACAAUCAAUUGAACAAUCAAUUGAUCCAAUAACAGAUUAUAAAUAUUCACCCAAGCUAAUAAUUGAAUCCAAGAAAUCACAAAAUAUGAAGAUUUCAUAUGCAUCAAAAAUCUGUGAUUCUUUUAUGCUUUCUGAAGGAAUAGAGAUUGAUGCAAGCACAUCUAAUUAUUUAAAGGAAUUUCUCAUGCUAUUCAAUAGGAAUUCCAGAAAACAUUCAGAUAAUGCGUUAUUAAAUAAUCUAGAAACGCGUGAUGUCUAUUGUGAGAUUGCAAGUGAACAAGUCUCAAUUGAAUACGAUAUUCAAAAUAUUAAAAUCACUGAUAAAUUAAAAUUUGCAGUUGAAGAAGCUUUGAACUCAAAUACACCAAUUAUAAAUUUAAAACAUGUUUUUAACAAAUUUGGAUAUUUCUUCGCCAUUAAAAUAAUAAUUGGUAAUAAAUUACAAAGAGUAGUGCGUUUAAAUGGAGAAAUAAAUGACAAAGGAAAUAAAGGAGGAUCAAUGCAUUUAUCAGAAUUUGAUGAGAUAGACCGCUGGAAAAAAGAAAUUCAACCGUAUGACUCUUCGUAUUUGUUGACAAUAGAUGGUGACCCGAUUAAAAUUAACCAAAUUCCGAAAUGGCUUGAAACUAUUCCAUUAUUCGAAUCAGAAUGGCAUAUCAUUAAGCGUGUCGUUACUCCAUUAUAUAAAAUUCUUGAUAUCAAUCAACAGCAAAAAAUUGAAAAACUUUUCAGUAAACAAGAUCAUAUUCUAAUGACUAAUGCAACUACAAUUUUGAACUUUGACACUGGAUAUCAACGGAUAGAAUUUAAUAGAAAACUAAAGAGCACCAAUUACCAAAUUUUUGGAAAAAUUGUGGAUGCUAAUGGUCAAUCGUUCUCAAAUAUUUAUGUGAAAUUUAGUCUGAAAUCAAAGUAUGGGUUUUCAGUAAAUUGGAUUCGGGCUGGCGAUGAGAAUUUUUUUGAAAACUUGAUAAGCUUACAAACACUAUCGCUAUCGCUUGAAUGGAUGCUAAUUGGCUGUCCAAGUGAAAUCGGUUACUUCGAUUCAAUAACUCGUGAUAACGAAAUUAAAACUGGAUCUGCAGAAUUGAAAAUUACAUCUAAGAAAGAAGCACAAAAAUGGUCUUGCCAAGUAAAUAUUGACAAAUCUCUUUCUCCAUCUUCUGAUGUUUCAUUUAACAUCGAAUAUCCUAUCGCACGAAAAACGCCAAUUUUCAAAGCAAGUUAUCAAAUAUUAUCGGAAUCAUUUAUCGAGGUAAUAGUUGAGACAAUCAAAGAUGAGUAUGUUGAAUUUUUAAAUGAUGAAGAGAUUACGGUUAAAAUUCGAUGGUGUGUAUCAGCAUUCGUUUAUUCUCCAAAAUUGGAUAGAAAGAGAACUCAGAUGGUCGUUGGAAUAGGUAAAAUUUCAAGGCCAAUCGAUUAUCAUUUUAAAUUAAUUAAAUUACUAAUCUUCAGUGUCACUUCACUAGAUUUUGGAACUACAGAAAGUGGAUUCGCAUUUUGUCUUCGGCCUCUAAAUAAAGAACAAAUAAACGUUGAUGAGAUUGAGACUAAUUCUGAAUGGCCUGGAUGGUACGGAAAAUUCAAGACCUAUACUGCAUUGGAAUACGACAGUAAUUGGAAUGUUACAAAUUGGGGUUAUCCAGCAUUAUCACAAAGACCAACAAGAAGAGGUGGCAAUAAAGUAUCGGACAAAAUCCCAGUGGAAUUGUUCAAGUUACAUUUAAGUGAUAUCCCAGCUGAUGAGAAACCUCUGUUGCCAACUGGAUUAAACUAUCAGAAAGCAAUUACAGAUUAUCUUCGUGAAAUGGGAAAAAUGAUCAAAGAAAAAUUAAGGCGAAACUGGCCGCGUCUUGAUUUCUAUCACGACGUAGAAAUAGUAAUGACUGUACCCGCAGAAUUUAUUGAAAACACAAAAACUAUUAUGCGAAAAUGUGCUUUUGAGGCGGGAUUAAUAAUGGAUCAAGAUACAAAAAAUUUAACCUUUACAACAGAUCCGGAAGCAGCAGCACUAUAUUGUUUGCAUUACGCUGAUAAUUAUCGAUUAAAAGAUUAUGAGCCGUACAUGAUUGUUGACUGUGGAGGUGGUACAGUAGAUUUGACAACUCGAACAUUGUUGCCAGGAAAAAAAAUUAGUGAAGUUACUGUGCGUACAGGGGAGUAUUGUGGAGGUUCUUAUGUUGAUAAAGAAUUCUUAAAGUUCUUGUCUAAGAAAUUUGGAAUGCAAGCAUUUCUGAAUCUAAAAAAUAAUCAACUACAAUAUCUGAUUCAAGAUUUCUUUGUGCGACAAAUAAAAAUAUCAUUUACGGGUGACCGAAAUGAUUAUAAACCCAAAACAUUGGACAUCGAGGAAUACUGUCCAGCAGCGUUGCAAUAUGUCAAUCCUCUAAUGCGACCAAAGCUAGAGGAAGAUCAAUGGCAAAUUGUUCUUGAUUUUGACGCAGUAAUAUCAAUGUUCGAGCCGGUUAUUAAUUUGAUUAACAACUUGAUUCAGAAACAGGUCGAGGCAACAGCACCAGCUAAAUGUCAAGCGAUUUUCUUGUGUGGAGGGUUUGGACAGUCUCCGUAUUUGUUAAAGUGUGUGAAAGAGAAAUUUGAAACUCCAUCAACUGUGGUUUGUGUACCGCAUCAGACUGUUACUGCUAUUGCUCGUGGCGCUGUUUUAGUAAGCAUUAACGAAAGUUCUAUAACAACACGAGUACUAAAAUGGACAUACGGAAUAGAAUGUUACAGACAAUGGGACUACACAAAAGAUACUAUCUCGCGUAAGAUGCAGAAUGGUUGUGUUAGAGCAUUCGAGAAAUUAGCGACGUGCGGAGAGAACGUAAACGUCAAUAAAGAAUACAAAAAACAAUAUUCUACAAGUCAUCCUGAUCAGACGCGUGUCAACUUUCCUGUAUAUACUUCAAGCAACGAAAAUGAGUUAUAUUGUGAUAACUUGAAGCAUCCUCAAGGUCGAAAACAAGAAAUAGAAUUCUCUUUAUUUUUUGGGCAGAUGGAAAUUAAAGCGGUGGCUCGUGUUUUGCGAACAAAUCAGUUGUGUCAUACAACGCUGAAUUUCGAUCAGGAUUAA